AUAAGACCAAACCUGUGGUAAGUGAGCAUUAGCAACAAGAAAGCAAGGAAGUUUAACCCUAGUGAUCUAAAUGUCACUUCUGUUUGUUUCUGCCAGUGCAAUGGAAACAUCUGAUCAGGUUGCUUACAGCUGGAUGACAUGUCAGAGGGCAGCAGUCACCCGCUUGCAUGCCUCUCAAAUCGCCAGCAGUUUAGCUGUGCAGAACAGCCACUGCUUUCAUUCUGCUGGUUUGGUUUGUGCCCGUGAUCUCCGAGUAGCUGCCCAGAACUGGACAAGGGCAGCACAGGGGCAGAUUGCUGUUGAGCUUGUGUUUGCUGUAGGUGAACAGGACGGAGGUGCUUUUGACCCCUGGUGCUUGGAGGGACAUGGAUGGUUCGUGUCUCCUGCCUCACCCUCUCCUCAAGGAAUAGGUUCACCUAGUGUCUACCAUGCUGUUAUAGUGAUCUUCUUGGAGUUUUUUGCUUGGGGACUCUUGACAGCGCCCACUCUGGUGGUUUUGCAUGAAACCUUCCCAAAACAUACAUUUCUAAUGAAUGGUCUGAUUCAAGGCGUAAAGGGCUUAUUGUCGUUCCUCAGUGCCCCGCUCAUAGGUGCCCUCUCUGAUGUGUGGGGACGAAAGUCCUUCUUGCUGCUAACAGUAUUUUUCACCUGUGCACCAAUACCACUAAUGAAGAUCAGCCCAUGGUGGUACUUCGCUGUUAUCUCAGUCUCUGGAGUUUUUGCGGUGACAUUUUCUGUGGUUUUUGCAUAUGUAGCAGACAUAACCCAAGAACAUGAAAGAAGCAUGGCCUAUGGUUUGGUUUCAGCAACUUUCGCGGCAAGUUUAGUUACCAGCCCUGCUAUUGGUGCCUACCUCGGUCGAGUCUACGGAGACAGCUUGGUUGUGGUCCUGGCUACAGCAAUAGCCUUGUUGGACAUCUGUUUUAUUCUUGUUGCUGUACCGGAAUCGCUGCCAGAGAAGAUGAGGCCGGCAUCCUGGGGAGCACCCAUUUCGUGGGAACAGGCUGACCCUUUUGCAUCGCUGAAGAAAGUCGGCCAGGACUCAAUUGUGCUGCUCAUCUGCAUCACAGUCUUUCUUUCCUACCUCCCAGAGGCAGGUCAAUAUUCCAGCUUCUUCCUAUACCUCAGACAGAUAAUGGGAUUUUCAUCUGAAAGUGUUGCAGCAUUUAUAGCAGUCCUUGGGAUCCUCUCCAUUAUUGCACAGACAAUAGUUUUGAGUUUACUUAUGCGGUCCAUUGGAAAUAAAAAUACCAUCCUACUGGGCCUAGGAUUUCAGAUACUACAACUUGCGUGGUACGGCUUUGGAUCAGAACCAUGGAUGAUGUGGGCAGCCGGAGCUGUUGCGGCCAUGUCCAGUAUUACUUUCCCAGCUGUAAGCGCACUGGUCUCCCGAACUGCUGAUGCCGACCAGCAGGGUGUUGUUCAAGGGAUGAUAACAGGAAUUCGAGGACUGUGUAAUGGUUUGGGACCAGCACUUUAUGGUUUUAUAUUCUAUAUAUUUCACGUUGAACUGAAUGAACUCCCCAUGCCCGAAUCGCCCUCAGGAGGUAGUGUGGUCACACAGUACCAUUUACAACAGAAUUCUAUAAUCCCUGGACCCCCGUUCUUAUUUGGAGCCUGCUCUGUGCUGUUGGCACUACUCGUUGCCUUGUUUAUUCCUGAACACACGAACCUAAAUGUACGCUCCAGCAACUGGAAGAAACACUGUGGCAGCCAUGGCCAUCCCCACAGUCCACAAGCUCCUGGGGAAGCUAAAGAACCAUUAUUGCAAGAUACAAAUGUAUGACAACAAUCCAGGAAGAUCUUUGAGACUUUUUUUUUCAUCAGCAGUUUGGGAUACACAUUCCAAUUCCAUCAGAAAAAACGUAACCUCUUAAGGUAAUCUUAAGAAGUAUCUUUCUGCAUGAAAUUUGUAGGAAUUAAAAAACAAAAAGGAAGUUUCUCCAAAGAUGUUGCCAUUGAAUUAAUCAUUUGCUUUUAAAAACAAACUGUUACAUACUUGUCUCUUGCCAUGAAAUACUGUUACUACUAAACUUUACCUUCUAGUUCAGAGACAAAGAAGAGUUGAGGCAUGAUGAGCAUGUGUCCUUCUGUUUCCUCAAGGUGGUGAGCUUUAAUUCUAGUCAUGCUAAGUCUCAAUGAGACAUACUAGCGUCCACGUGGACCCAUUCAUUUUAACGUUGUAAAAUCUUGGGUCAGACGAUUCGAAGCCUUAAUGUAAAUGUACUCAAGUAGGGAGAAGGUGAACUGGUAUCCUUUACUUCAAAAGUCAUAUGGCAGGUUUUUUUUUUUUAAGUUGUUUGUAUUACUAUAAAAAUCACUUGAGCACGCUUGCUGAACAGUAAAAGUUAUUUUUAUGUAAGUGCAUUUACUCUUUCUAUUUUUGAAUAAACGGUAGCAUCAAACACUUGUUUAAAUAUUAAGUGGGUGGUUUGAGCCUCCAAAUUUUAAUAUUGGCUCUAAAACUCUGCUUUCCUAAGUACCGUUUAUUAUACCACUAUAUUUCCGAUGUUCGCGUAAUCAUAAAGGACCUCAAAACUUGAAUACACAGACUGAAAUAUAAGCUGAUAGCCUUGACUAUGUCCGUGUGCUAUAUCGUGGCCUUUGAGGACUGUCACAAUAACCCUUUUGCAUUACAGAGCUAAUGUUUUAGUCCUAAAUUUUCAGGACCCUUAGUACAGAAGAGAGCUUUAUACAAUUACUGAUGUGAAUUUCUCUAAAAGUGUCUAUUUUUGUGUCCGGUUGUAUUAUUUAAGUGUUCCUUUGUAUAAAUUUGUGUACAAAGUAUUGUAUAGGUUUAAAAUGUUUUCAUCUUGUGGUUAUUGCUUAAUGCUUUUUUACCUUUGGACAUUCACCAUGGUUGACCAAGAGUGGGGGGAAAAAAAUAUGUAAAUACACUGUUAAUAAAGUUGAAUAUUUUAAUGAA